CCAACCAUUUUGCCAGCAGUGAAUUUUCCUACUUUAAUUUUCCGAAUCUGAUCAUGUCAGAAGCAGUAUUUGGUAUGGUCAUUUGCAUAUCCUGGAUUACAGUAAAUAUGAGCAUAUUGUAUAUAUUUAUUAUCAGCUGAAUUUCCUCUUCUGUGAUUUACCUAUUCAAAUAUUUAAAUUCAAGUAGUCCUAUCAUUUUUGCAUAAUUUCUAUAUUAAACAAGUUUUCAAAUAUGUAGUUGGGACAUCUUAAAUUUGUGAUACUUUAAUAUUAAUUCAUGUAAGGGUCACAUCUCUUUCUAAUCUCUGAAUUUAACCAAUGACACAAACCUGGCCCCAGUCACAGUGCACACUCUCUUUUGGAGCAUUUAUCAAGGGAGUCAGACCCUGAGAGGAAACCAGGAAAGAAGCCUCAGCUUGACAAGAGGUCUCAGAAUGGAAUGUCACAGACAUAGUCUCAAUUCAGAUAUCUACCACUUGCCAUACACCACACAGAAAUUGGAAGAUUAUGCAGCACUCAAGGACAGGGAUGGGCAUGGACACCUGGCUAAAUUUCCAAUAAGCCAGCAUUAAGAAGACACAUAAACAAGGGGAUCAUAUACAGAGUUUAUAACAGAGAAGAGGUGAAAAGAAGUCCAGAGUAAUGUAAAGCCUGGUUAGGUUUGUGUUAGGAUCACAGAUCAGCUCUCAUCCUAUUAUUCCAUCAGAGGAGAUGAGGAACACACAGGGCUGCACAGUGACUGUCCAGCAUUAGAAAUCUGAAUGCAUGCACCAGACACAGCACUUUCCUACUAGUUACCAAUAACUUAAGUAUCAUCUCUCCAUGGACGUCUCCAAUGGCUUCCAAAUUAAAGUAACCCUCAACUUGUGAGCAGAUAACUUGAUUCAGUUUUCAUCACAAUAUCACUCCCUGAUAUUUUCUUGUCUCAUUGUUUCUUUGCCCUUUGUUUCCCUGGUUUUCUGUGUCCCUUCAAAUAAAUAAGCUCUAAGAGAAAAAAAGCUUACUUAGUUGCAUUCUAUUUCACAAGACCUAGAAGAAGGCCAAGUAUUUGGGAGACUAUAAAUGUGAGUUGAUUAGGAGGAGGAAUGAAUGAUUGAAUAAAUAUAAUACAAAUAUUAAGCAUUCCACAAAGGGGAGGAGUUUGAGAGAGGGAAGAUACUGUGAAAAGUAAGGAUGCAGCAGCAUGUGAAUGAAAUCUUGAAAAGCUGAACCACAGGCUAUGAUUGUGAGCUAUGAUGUAAAAUAGAUACAGAAGAACUAGAAAGACAGGAAUCCCAUGAACAGAAUUAACUAUGAAAGAAUUCCAGUGGUGUUUAGGAAAAAAGUUUCUUUAUUAUCUCCAAAUUCCAAAAUCAUGUAAACCUGAAUAAAAAGAGGGACACACACAAAAAAACAGCAUGCACCUGCAGAUGAAGAUAGGCGUACCCCACACCAAUGAGCCGUAGUCAUCACUCAGCUGUAUCUGAUAAAACUCACAAUACUUCCUGUACUGAAAAUUAAGGAAGUUCCUUCCAAAGCUUCCCUGUGUGCUGGUUCGUUAUGUUGCUAUCAGAAAAGAUCUCCCCAAAGUACAAAUUUUCUCCACCAUUGAAAUUUCCUAUUUAUGGGGAAAAGCUUCUAAUUCUUUCCCUAAUUCUCUUUCUUUUCUCAUGACUGCUCCAUGCUGGAAAACCCAGAAAUACCCUUUCAUGAAGAGGAUACAGUAACCGUUCCUGCUAGUUCUUCUCCGGCCACAGAGUCCACUGUGGCUGCGACGUCCACUGCUGCUCCCACCACAUCCACUGCGGCUGCAACGUCCACGGCUGCUGCGACAUCCACUGCUGCUCCCACCACAUCCACUGCGGCUGCGACAUCCACGGCUGCUGCCACAUCCACUGCUGCUCCCACCACAUCCACUGCUGCUUCCACCAGAACCACUGCGGCUGCCACAACCACCACUGCUGCCAAGACCACCAUGUCCUACGAAGACUGCCUCUUUUAUUUUCGUUUUACCCCAUGGCUUCGAUUAGUUUACUGCUAAAAGUUAUCACUGAGAUGGAAUCAGCUUCAGACUUCUAUAUUGAUCCUACUGGAUUCGGCCAGAGUGUCCCUUGAUUUGUUUCACUGCUGCUACUUUCCAGCCCUAUCAUAUCUCUAUCUCUAAUCAGUUUCUAUUCAUUCAAAUAAAAUGCUGAGUGACAUCAAAAA